GAUCAGUGAAUAAUGUGUGUGUGUAUUUUGCUUGGCUUCAGCUAUCGGUUGUGUUCUACUAUGAAAAAAGUUAGCGCCGGUUAGCUGUAGCACCAGUUAGCAGUAAUAUUAAGUGAUACUACUACAACAGACUGUCCCGCUUGUCAGGUUACACAACUUAAUAUGUAUAUAUGUUCUUGUCAGUGGACGUAUGUCGCAGGAGGUGGAAGCCACUCAGGGACAGGUACAUGAGACACAAAAAGAACGAAAAGGAGGGAAAAAAGAACGGGUCAGCGGCAGGGAGAGUGGACACGUGGAAAUUUGCUAGGGUCCUGUCCUUCCUCGACCCCUUUGUCACCCCGAGGGAGACCAGCAGCAAUUUACCUCUGGGGGCAGAGGAGGUUGAGGGGGACGGGGCUCCAGAGACUCCACUGUCAGGGGCAGGAGAAGAUGAGGAGCUUGAGCAGGCAGCAGCAUCGCACAAUACAGACCAGCCCAGCAGUGAGUCUGAUAUAGAGGACGCUGAUGCUGCUCCUGCUCCUGCCCCUGUCCCUGCCGCUGGCCCUUCCUGUGUACCUGUCCCUGAGGCUGCCCCUGCCCCAAGACCACAGGGCGCGACGAAGAGGAAGAGAGCAGCCAGGGUACCGGAGGGGAAUACUGUCCAGACAGCCAUCCUCCAGGCCCUGCAGAGGCAUAAUUCUGUGCCUACCCCUACCCCGCUUUCUGGGAAUGAGCACUUUGCCAUGGGCCUAGUUCCUUCCCUGGAUAGAUUGCCACCUGAAGUACUGGAGUACGUUAAAUUCCAAAUCCAUAAAAUCAUAUUUGACCAUUCUAAUUUCACCGUUCAAUUGGAACCUAUUUAAGCUUAUUAGCUAGUGGUGGUGACAAUCUCUCCAGGGAAAGAACUAGGCUGAUGUCACUGUUAACUGUUCAUUUGUUAUUGUUCUGUUCUGUUUAUAUUAUAUUGUUCUAUGUUAUUUUUAUUAUUUUUAUUUUUAUUUAUAUUUUUUAAAUAAAAUAUUUCUCACAA